CGCCGUGGUGUGGGGCGGGGGUAUCGCCGCCUGCCGCCCACCCGGACUCAGUUCACGCCGACUGCCGACACCGGUAACAACAACAACACGCCGUGGACCUCUCAAAUUCAGUUUAGCCUCAGCUGAACCCGAGUGACUCGCCGAGUUACCUCCAGUCUCCUCUAAAUUAAACCGCCAACGUGGUCGGUCAUCACGGUCUGGUUGUGUGUUGUUGUGUUUCGGAGCUGAGCGAGCCGCACGAGAACUGGGAGGUUAGGGGGACGCCCUGCCGAGAACUCGCACCUCACCAGACAAACGAGUCUAUAGCCAACAAUCUUCUCUAUUUCGUUGAUUUCCACUAUCAGAUGGAGUGCAACGUAUGUACCCAGGAUCUCGACGGCGGCCUGCGAGCGCCAAAGUCGCUGCCAUGUGGACACACCUGUUGCCUGCAGUGCCUGGGGCGGCUGCCCGACAGCAGGUGCCCGACGUGCCGCCAGAACUUCAACGGCCCGCCGGAGGGACUCCCGACGAACUUCGCGAUACUGCAGUUGCUGGAGGAACGCGGACUGGACAGCCCUCCCCGCGGCUGGUGUUCGGACUGCCGCUCCGCCGCCACGUCCCGCUGCUGGGAGGACCACGACGUCCUGCCCGUCAGGAGCGCCCUGCGGCGCCAGCUGCAGCGCGCGCUGCCGCAGGCCGCCGAGCAGCUCCAGGGCCUCCAGGACCAGUGUCGGGAGGAGCAGGCCCUGCCCGCCCUCACCCUGCUGACCGGCGAGUCCUGGGACGUGACGCUGCGGGGCGGCGGUCGCGAGCUGACGGGGACCCUGCGGGACGCCGAGGAGCCCCUCACCAAGGCCCUGUGCCUCCUGCUGGCGGCGAGGGCCGCGCUCACCGAGGACCGAGCUGCUGCGCGGAACCCACCGACUACAGCUGCGCCCACACCACCUGCAGCUGCGCCUCCACCUCCUGCAGCUGCAUCCACACCAGCUGCAUCCACACCAGCUGCAGCUGCACCCACACCAGCUGCAGCCCCCCUCGCUGCCCUGUCCCCUCCACCUGCCGAGGCGCCGCCCCCGCGCGAGAUGAAUGUAAAAAGUAUCAGCUGCAGUGGACCCAACGACGACCAGCAGCAGAAGGCCGCCGCCCUGCGUGACGCGCCAGGGGUGACCCGGCUGGUCCAUCUGCGCUGCCACACGGACCCCGCCUGGAGCCUCCGGCUGCUGCAGCUCGCUGCGCCCUCGCUGGAGCAGCUGAGUCUCCACGACCCCGGCGAGGCCCACCUGCGCGCGGUGCACGCCAUGCCGCGGCUCACUAGGCUGGAGGUGUCGUGUGAGGAUGAUGCCCUGGACGCGCAGCCCCCCGUGCUGCCCGAGCUCCCGUGGGAACAGGCCGGUCUGCGAUGGCUUAGUGUUUACCGCCUCCCCAGCGUCACGCUGCAGUCCCUGCUGCGGGCGCACGGCCGCUCUCUGGAGGAGCUUCAGCUGGAUGUGGGCACGGGCGCUGGCGGGUGGCCAUGGCACUGCCAGGGCCUGCACUCGCUGCUGGAGCCCUGUGAACUGCGUUCGCUGUGGAGCCUCGUGCUGAAGAGGGCUCAUGUCUUCCACCAGGCACCCAUGUGUUACCAGCAGCUGGCCGAGGUGAAGGGAGUGCUGCCCAGGACCGAGGUGUUGUGCGAGUGGUGUGACGGUGUGAAUCCGCAACCCUUCUAGCGGGCCGAGUUCGGGACCAAGAGGGCCAGCGGAGAGGAGACAACGCGCGGCCUGGCAGCCCCGCGACCAAUCUGUGUUACUCAAAGUAAAGAAACGCGAUCCACAGAAAUGUAUAUAUAAAUCUAG